CCAACCGCGACGCUGCGAGGCGCAUAAACCCGGAAGUGAUUUCCUCGCCCCGGUAGCGGCGAUAUGGAAAUCAAAGGCUUUUGAAGACCUGGAAACCCUUACUUUCGGGAGAGUGUGAUAUGGUGCUGAGGUCCGAGUAGAGGGAAGGCCAAUAAAGAACUAGGCGGCAAGAGUUUCUCCGAGUCCAGAGACUGGAGCGCUUGAGGCGCAUUUUGGGAAGAGCGGCCGAGCACUCCAGGAGGCUUCUGGUGGCUACGGAGGGUUUUCCUGUCACAGGAAGUUAGGCCUGGCUGCUGGGAAAGAGAAGGAAGGAGGAAUGAGAAAGCGGUGACAGCACCCCGCCCCGCAGGUGACUGUCCCACCCAGUGAGUUGAAUGUAGAGGUCCUGGAAGUGCUCGGCCGCCCGCACGGGUGAGACGAGGAGGAGCGAGAACCAGAUUCCCGCGAGGGAAAACAGAGGUGGGAGGCUGAACUACCUCCACAUCUAGUUUCUCCAGCAAUGGGAAAUCCAGAAAACAUAGAAGAUGCAUAUGUUGCUGUUAUUCGUCCAAAGAAUACUGCCAGUCUCAAUUCUCGGGAAUACAGAGCUAAGUCCUAUGAAAUUUUGUUGCAUGAAGUUCCCAUUGAAGGACAGAAAAAAAAGAGAAAGAAAGUUUUAUUGGAAACUAAACUUCAAGGCAACAGUGAAGUAACACAAGGCAUAUUGGAUUAUGUAGUAGAAACUACCAAACCAAUUUCUCCUGCAAACCAGGGUAUCAGAGGAAAACGAGUGGUCCUAAUGAAGAAAUUUCCUCUGGAUGGAGAGAAAAUUGGCAGAGAAGCAGCAUUAUUUAUUGUUCCAUCAGUUGUCAAAGAUAAUACUAAAUAUACAUAUACUCCAGGAUGCCCAAUUUUUUACUGCUUACAAGAUAUUAUGCGAGUCUGUAGUGAAUCCAGCAGUCACUUUGCUACACUUACAGCAAGGAUGUUAAUAGCCUUGGAUAAGUGGUUAGAUGAACGCCAUGCACAAUCUCACUUUAUUCCAGCUUUAUUCCGGCCUUCUCCUCUUGAGCGGAUAAAAACUAAUGUCAUAAACCCUGCAUAUGCUACUGAAUCAGGUCAAAUGGAAAACUCAUUACAUAUGGGCUACAGUGCACUAGAAAUAAAGAGUAAAAUGUUAGCCCUAGAGAAAGCAGAUACCUGUAUUUACAACCCUUUGUUUGGAUCAGAUCUUCAAUAUACGAACCGGGUAGAUAAAGUGGUAAUAAAUCCAUACUUUGGUCUAGGAGCUCCAGACUACUCAAAAAUCCAAAUUCCCAAACAAGAAAAAUGGCAGAGAAGCAUGAGCAGUGUCACAGAAGACAAGGAACGACAGUGGGUAGAUGACUUUCCUCUCCAUCGAAGUGCCUGUGAAGGAGAUUCAGAAUUACUAAACCGUCUUCUCAAUGAAAGAUUUUCAGUCAACCAAUUAGAUAGUGACCACUGGGCGCCCAUUCAUUAUGCAUGCUGGUAUGGAAAAGUUGAGGCCACUCGCAUAUUGUUAGAGAAAGGAAAGUGCAAUCCAAACCUUUUAAAUGGACAGCUUAGUUCUCCUCUUCAUUUUGCUGCUGGAGGAGGACAUGCUGAAAUAGUACAGAUUCUCCUAAACCAUCCAGAAAUUGACAGACACAUAACGGACCAACAAGGAAGAUCCCCCUUAAAUAUUUGUGAAGAAAACAAACAAAAUAACUGGGAAGAAGCUGCAAAACUGUUGAAGGAAGCCAUUAACAAACCAUAUGAAAAAGUUCGGAUAUACAGAAUGGAUGGAUCAUACCGUUCUGUUGAACUGAAACAUGGAAAUAAUACCACAGUGCAGCAGAUAAUGGAAGGAAUGCGUCUCUCUCAAGAAACACAGCAAUAUUUCACUAUUUGGAUCUGUUCAGAAAACCUCAGCCUUCAACUCAAGCCUUAUCAUAAACCAUUGCAACAUGUUCGUGACUGGCCAGAAAUACUUGCUGAAUUAACUAAUUUGGAUCCCCAAAGAGAAACACCACAGCUUUUCCUAAGAAGAGAUGUGAGACUUCCUUUGGAAGUUGAAAAAAAGAUUGAAGACCCACUAGCUAUUCUUAUCCUCUUUGAUGAAGCCAGAUAUAAUUUAUUAAAGGGCUUUUAUACAGCUCCUGACACUAAACUGAUAACAUUGGCAAGUCUACUGUUACAAAUAGUUUAUGGAAAUUAUGAGAGUAAGAAACACAAGCAAGGUUUCCUAAAUGAAGAAAACCUAAAAUCCAUUGUACCUAUUACCAAAUUAAAAAGUAAGGCACCUCACUGGACAAACCGAAUACUUCAUGAAUAUAAGAAUCUUAGUACAAGUGAGGGUGUCAGUAAAGAAAUGCAUCACCUUCAGCGCAUGUUCUUACAGAAUUGUUGGGAAAUUCCUACAUAUGGAGCAGCUUUUUUCACAGGACAGAUAUUUACAAAGGCAAGCCCCAGCAAUCAUAAAGUCAUCCCUGUGUAUGUAGGAGUGAAUAUAAAAGGACUUCAUCUUCUCAACAUGGAAACUAAGGCUUUACUCAUCAGUCUUAAGUAUGGUUGUUUUAUGUGGCAAUUGGGAGAUGCUGAUGCAUGUUUUCAGAUCCAUAGUAUGGAAAAUAAAAUGAGCUUUAUAGUACACACAAAACAGGCUGGCCUUGUGGUAAAACUAUUAAUGAAGCUAAAUGGACAGUUAAUGCCCACCGAAAGAAAUUCAUGAGAGGAAAGCAACUGAUACUUAAACUACCACAUUUUGUAAUGCAGAUUUUUUCCAUGAAAGAUUUCUUAAACUAUCACUUUUAACAAGGCACUUAGUCUCUUGUAAUAUAUGAAUGUAUACUACUACAUUGUACAGAAUCUGUACUUACGUUUGGUGUGUAAUAUACCAAUUAGUUUUGUAUAAUAUCCUCAUAAGCUAUUCUAAUUUUUAGAGAAACACAUAAAAAUAUGUAGAUUGAUCAUCUGUAUAAUAAUGGACAAAAUAGUAAGCUUUAUAAAAAGUUAUUUUUGGUAAAUGGUAAAGAAUUUGGAGUGGGAUGUAAUGAAAUUAAAAUAUAGCUUUGGUAUAACUUUGUGUGUCAUUUCAGAAUAUACUGAAACUCAACAUAUUUGAAUAAAAAAAUAUAUUUUCUACUUAAACCACAUAACACUGUUAUUUCAAACAUUUUUCUGUAAUCUAUGAACAUCUCUCAGUAUGUUUUUAAAAUUCUUAGUUAAAAUGUGUAACUACUAUAAGCUAGUAUUUCUCAAAGUAUAGUUCUUGAAUCCCCUGCAUCAAAAUUAACCUGAUGCUUCUUUAAACAAAGAUUGCUGGGACUCAGUAUAUACAAGUUCAUUCACUCUCUAGAAGUAACAGAGCCUAGGAAUCUUAAGUUUUGGGGUUUUUUUCUGUUGAAAUGAUUCCAGAUGCAGUAAUGAAUUUGGAUUAUUAAAGUAAAUUACACAAAAGUGCCUGGCACAUAAGUACUCAUACGUAGACACACAGAGUAAGUGACAGUCUCUGGAUAUCAGUAGUUGCAUUUAUUAUGUACAUGUUGUAUUUUUAUGAUUUAGCCUGAUGAAUUAUAUUGCCUUUAUCAAAGUAGAUCACCAAAUAUCUGUUUCAUUUAGGGGAGUACUGAUAUCAUAGAUGAGGAGCUAACUGAAUUAUGAUGCUAUUUAAUAAGCUUAGAAACUGGUCUUUCUGAGCCAGUAGAUGGGUAUGUUCUUAAAUUUUUUUUUAAAUUUUUUAAUGUUCAUUUUUGAGAGAGAGACAAAGUGCAAGCAGGGGAGGGGCAGAGAGAGAGAGACAGAAUUCGAAGCAGGCUCCAGGCUCUGAGAUGUCUGCACAGGGCCCAAUGCAGGGCUUGAACAUAUGAACCGAACCAUGAGAUCAUGACCUGAGCUGAAGUCAGACACUCAACUGAUGGGCCACCCAGGCGCCCCUAGACUGAUACGUUGCAGGUAAGUUCAGAGAUACAAUAGUCAUAUUUGAAGCUGUCCUAAAGAUUGCAGAUAAGUUUUGUAUAUCAGAAUUUAACCUUCACAUUAAUUUCUGUUUAUUUCUAAUGGUGCUCUGUCUGAGCCUUAUUAAAAUUAUAUAUGAUUAAGUAAAUUGAAUGAGAAAGCCUGCUUUAUCUCUAAUUCUAUGCUAAAUACUUUUGAUUCUACAUAGACAGUGCUCUGUUCAGUUUCAUACCUUCCAGUGACCUCAACUGUUGACUCCCAAACCUACUAUUUCAGCCUCAGAUUCUCUUCUGAACUCUGGAUCUUAAUUUCCAAUUUCUUGCUGUUCUAGCUCCACCUAAAUGGCCUACAAAAAGAACGUCUAUUUCAUCACAGCUGGAAACCGAAUUCGUUUACUUGCUCAAUUCUAUCCUUCCACUUGUAUUCUGUUUGGUUAGUGGCACCAUCAAAUUGCAGCCAGUUGCUUAUCCUGGAAAUCUUGGAGUGGUCUUCAACUUCUCUCUCCUUUAUUACCCUUGACAUUCCACUUAUCAAAUCUUGUCAAAUUUCUUAUGAGUCCUUUCCCGUUUCCUUCCUCUCUAGUUGCCCUGCAUCCGCCUUAGUUGAAGUCCUUCCCACCUGUUCCUAGGUUUGGUGUUACUUCCUCCCUUGCCUCCCCUGGCUGAGGCUGUACACUCUGCCCACUUAUCUGCCACACUGGUGCCAAGUUGACCUUUCUUAUGGAUCUGAUCAUUUCAUUACCCUCUGAAAGCUUUUCAUGGUUCCUUACUACAUUACAAUUAAAUUCCAUGUCCUCAGUAUUGAAUGCAGGGCCCUUAAUUACAUGGUCACUAAUGUUCCUAUCCAAAUUAAUGUGUAACCACUUUUCCCACACUUAUCCUGUGCUCCAACCCAGUGUUUCCUAAUCCUGACACUGCAGUCACGUGAGGAGUUUCAAUACAUUAUGACUCAAUAAAUCUAGGGUGGGGUUCAAGGAUUUCUGUUGGUAAAGUAUCCAGUGUGAUUUUGAUAUACAGCUAGGGUUUAGAACUGCUCUUAUAACCAACUUUAACUAGGAGUUAGCUGAAUGCUUUUCCUUUCACAGAGGGAGGUGAGGAUGCAAUGCUACUACAUCAAACAACUCCCUGCCCCAUAGAAUACAGUGUGCCCUCCUGGAGUUACACAGUAAUGCAGCCUUGUAGAGAAGGGAAGGAAAGACUAUUAACGUACCAUGGCUAUUAAAGGCUUAAAAAUAUAUAGCAUUAGAAAGUCAAUUUUCAGGGGUACCUGGGUGACUCAGUCAGCUAAGUGUCUGACUCUUAAUUUCAGCUCAGGUCGUGAUCUCUUGGUUCAUGGGAUGAAGCCCCAUAUCAGGCUCUGUGCUGGCAGUGUGAAGCCUGCUUGGGGUUCUCUCUCUCCUCUUUCUGCCCCUCCUCUGCUUGUGCUCUGUCUCUCUCAAAUAAAUAAACGUUAAAAAAAAAAAAAGUCAAUUUUCAAAUAAGGUAUUGAGAGGAAAAACUGAUCAUUGUCUGUCAGACCAUAACAAACCAGAAAUAACCAAUAAUGGAGAAAUGCAAGUAGGUUUUAAUGAGUGCCUAGGAUUGGCCAGGCAUUAUAUGUGCACUGGGGAUAAAAGACAACUUUUUCUUUUUCAUCAUUUUUCAAUAAAUUUGAGUGCCUUUUAUAUGCCAGGGAUCCAUUGCCAAGAAAAACAAAGCCCCUGCCUUUAGGGAACAAAUUUUAAUGAGGGAGACAAUAAAUACUCAUGGAAAUAUAUAUUUAUAAAAUCUAGUAAGUGUGAUGAAAGAAAAAUAAGUGUAUUAUGUAAGCAUAAAGAGGGAAACUUGAUCUAGCCUUAGAGAUCAGGAGAGGCACCCCUGAGCAAGUGGUGCUUAAGCUCGCAUCUGAGGGAUGAGAGUGACAGAAACAUAUGAGGGAGAAGGGAAAUGGGAUGAGAUGUUUUGACCCCAAGAGUGGUCCUGGAGAAUUGAUACAAUUUUCUCAUUUUAAGCUAAGAAGUAAAUUUAAACAAUUGUUUAUCCAAAUCACAACAAAUGAGUUUCCAUUGUAGAAAUAAAACCAGAACAGUUAACAUUGCACAUGAUAAAUGUAUUAGGAAAAAAACUUGGCAAAGAACGUUACAUCUUGUAAGAUUUAAAGUUACCAAAACUGACCCCCCCAAAAAUUAGACUUGAUAGAAAUAUGUAAAAAGUAAAACUGGCCACAGGUUUUUUUUUUUUUUUUUUUAAGUUUAUUUCUUUUGAGAGAGAAAGAGAAAGCGAGCACAAGUUGGGGAGGGGCAGAUAGAAAAGAGGGUGGAGAGAGAGAAUCCCAAACAGGCUAUGCUCUGUCAUCUUGGAGCCUAACGUGGGGCUCAGUCUCAUGAACCAUGAGAUUAUGACCUGAGCUGAAAUCAAGAGUCAGACACUCAACCGACUGAGCCACCCAGGGGCCCAUGGUUCUUGACCAAAUUUAAUGGAUAAAUUGCCUCAAUAAAAUUUAAAAUUUAAUUUGAAGGGUGCCGGGGUGACUCAGUUGGUUAAGCGACUGACUCUUGGUUUCAACUCAGGUCAUGAUCUCACAGUCGAAGGAUCAAGCCCUGCAUUAGGCUUAUGCUGACAGAGCCGAGCCUGCUUGGGAUUCUCUCUCUUCCUCUCUCUCUCUCUCUCUGCCCCUUCCCUGCUCUCUCUCUCUCUCUCUCAAAAUAAAUAAUACACUUAAAAUAAAUGUAAAAAUAAAAUAAAAUUUGAUCCUGAGGAACCCAAUGGCAAAAACUGUAAUUAGAAGAAUUUGAUAUAUGCAAAAAACUGAUGAAUCAAUUCCAUGCUUUAUAACUUAUUCAGUAAAAAAUACUUCCAAUGAAAAUAACUUUAGUAAAAUGAAAAUGGAAAAAAUAUAAAUUGUUUUUGCUGUGCUGUGUAGAAAACUGAUGGAGGAAUUAAAGUGGCUUGAGUCCAUGCAAAAAAUA